GACUCGCCUUGUUUGCGCGCGCAGUCCUACGCCACCCCGAUCACACGGCGCUCUUGUCACUCCCGCCCAUACCGCCGAUUCAUUGUCCCUGUCGCAUUUGUACAACUUUCAAUCCACUCCAAUCAUGUCGUGGGCUGGCUUCAAGAAGAAUGUCGGUCGCGCGACGACGCAGGUAAUGGUCAAGACGGGCCGCGUCGAGAAGACCGCAGACCGCGAUUACGAAGUCGAAGAGCGACGAUACCGUACCCUCGAAUCGGCGGCACUCCGUUUGCAGAAAGAAGCGAAAGGGUACUUGGAUAGUCUCCGGGCCAUGACAGCUUCUCAGAUGCGAAUCGCAGAGACAGUCGACGCAUUCUACGGUGACAGCGGAGCUCGUGACGGCGUGAGUCGCAGCUACAAGCAGGCGGUCGAAGAUCUCGACGCCGAGACGGUGAAGGCGUUGGAUGGGCCAUACAGGACGACAGUUCUCGAGCCUAUCAAUCGCUUCUGCGCAUAUUUCCCGGACAUCAACGAAUGCAUUAAGAAGCGCAACCACAAGAUGCUCGACUACGACUCAAUGCGGAGCAAAGUCAAGAAGCUCGUCGAGAAGCCCGACAAGGACCCGGGCAAACUCCCUCGUACUGAGAAGGAGACUGAAAUGGCCAAAGCGGCGUAUGAGCAGUUGAACAAUCAAUUGACGGAGGAGCUGCCACAAUUGAUCGACCUACGGGUACCCUACCUCGACCCUACAUUUGAAGCGCUUGUCAAGAUCCAAUUGCGAUUUUGCGCAGAAGCAUACAGUCGCAUGGCGCAGGUCCAACAAUACCUCGAUCCUGCGACCCGCGAUCAAUACGCGAGCGGGGAUCUGGACGCACGAGUCGAGGAUGUGCUGGGACAGAUUCGAGAGUUGAGUAUUGCAGGAACAGUCUAG